AUGCCUUUGAACCUGAUCUUGACUAUGGAGCUUUUUGAUGCUUGGGGCAUCGACUUCAUGAGACCCUUCCCAAACUCUUUUGGGUACCUCUACAUCCUUGUUGCUAUUGACUAUGUUUCCAAAUUCGUUGAGCAACUCAUGAAGAAGUAUGGCAUCACUCAUAAAAUCGCAACUCCCUACCCUUAUCCUCAGACAAGUGGUCAAGUAGAGAUAUCCAAGAGGGACAUCAAGAGGAUACUUGAGAAGAGGGUGAACCCGACAAGAAAGGAUUGGUCUAUGCAACUUAAUGAUGCAUUGCGGGCAUAUCGGAUAGCAUUCAAGACUCUGAUUGGCAUGUUUCCCUAUCGACUUGUGUAUGGCAAGGCGUGUCAUCUUACUAUGGAAUUGGAGCACCGAGCAUAUUGGGCUAUCAAGCAGCUGAAUUUUGAUCUCACCAAGGCCGGCUCCCAAAGGAAGCUUCAGCUCAAUGAAUUAGAGGAGUUGAGAAAUGAUGCCUACGACUAUGCCAAGCUGUAUAAAACUUAG